AUGAAUAACGCUGAAAAAGUUGAGUUGGUUUUAAUUUAUGGUGAAUGUCAGCGUAAUUUACGCUUAUCAGCUAUGACAUAUGCCGAACGAUACCCAGAAAGAUACCACCCACCUCACAAUUAUGUUUUAAGACUUUUACAAGGGUUAAGUCAAGAAGGAAGAUUUCCUGAUAGACAAAUCAACCAACAAAGGCGUAGAGCAAAUUUGUUUGAUGAAGACAUAGAAUUACAGGUACUAGCAUACAUACGAGCUAACCCACGAUCGUCAAUUAGGCAUGUUGCUUUCGAAAUUGGAAUUUCAUAUGGUUAUGUACAAAAAAUUUUAAAAAAACAUAAAAUGCACCCGUAUAAAAUUGAUUUAGUUCAACAUUUGCGUGCAGGAGAUUCUACUCGUAGGUUAGAAUUUAUAGCUUGGUUCAAUAUUCAAUUUCAUAAUAACCCUCUAAUUGUCAAUCACAUUCUUUGGAGUGAUGAAUCAAAAUUUACCAAUAAUGGCAUUAUGAAUAAGCAAAAUCAUCGAUACUGGGAUGAUACAAACCCACACUGGUCACGUGAAACUAAUUUUCAAACGGUCUGGGGAAUUAAUGUAUGGUGUGGGUUAGUUGGUGGAAAGCUUAUAGGACCGUACUUUUAUGAUGGGACACUUAAUGGCAGACGAUAUUUAAAUUUUUUAACCAACGAACUGCCAAGAAUGUUGGAAGAUGUUUCAUUGGACACACGAGAACAUAUGUUUUUUCAACAAGAUGGAGCACCAGCCCAUAAUGCAAUUAUUGUUAGACAAAAAUUAAAUGAAAUGUUUCCGAACCGCUGGAUUGGUACUUAUGGCGUCGUUCCUUGGCCGGCACGGUCUCCAGAUUUAACGCCAUUGGAUUUUUUUUAUGGGGACACUUGA